AGUUGGUCAAACUUACUGUAACAGUUUGGGGAACGGCGUCCAUCCUCAUCCAGCCACGUGCACCCAAUACAUCGUGUGCACAAACGGUGGCACCCAUGUCUACGAUUGUCAGUCUGGACUUGGGUUCGACUCCGUCGUGAAAGCGUGUGUGGACAUCGCAUCCGCCAACUUGUGCCAUAUUACAACUACUGCGGUGCCAGUAACGGCAGGUAAGCUACAUUUUUUUUAGGAAUGCGUUUCAAGCUGUCGUUGGUGAAAGGGGCCGGCGAACUUGAAUUCAUCAGGGCCGUGGAUAUUGAAAUGAUCCGGUGAAACUACUAAAUUACUUCUAGUUUCUGAGACAUCUAAGUCGUCACAAUAUCGACCAUGUUUUGUCACCAAACCAAACAUAAUAAAAAGAUAAUGACGUAGGUUUUAAGCUUGUUGAUUGUUUAAACGCCUUUGAUGUGUCUGUUGUGGUGACAUCUUUUAAAAAGCCAUUGGUUUCUUGGAGAUUCGUUUUUUUAGACGUUCUGUAACUGUUUCGGAAAACGUUCGGGCUAGUUUCCUCCAUUUUUCUGAAUCAACUUAUAGUUUUGGGUAUUGUAUAUGUGUUAAUAUAUUUUUAUGACACCCCAUUCUUGAAACCGUCAACUCUAUAAAACAAUUUCAUUAAUGCAUCAUUAUUGCACUUUGCUUCCACGGGCAUAGCAUUGGGCGUUGGGAUAAGACAGUUAAUUGUUAUUCUAGUUUAUAAUGAAGUUAUUUAUGCAGCUCGAUACUGUUGGUCGCUUUUGUUCGCCAAUAAAGUUUUCAACCUAACAAAUUCACCUCAACUAAAAGUGUGAGCUUAGGCAAUCCCACUGCUGCACUCGUCUUUGAGAAGGCGCACUUUCACAUGUGUUUAUUGUUUUAAGUAUUACCCGUAUGGCUUUUUGUACCAAACCUUAUCAUUUGACCUUUUUUCGUUUCUCUGUGAAUCAAGAGUACUGUAGAGUGCACGGUCUGUCCAAUGGACUCCAUCGUCAUCCACAGAAAUGCAGCCAGUACAUCCUGUGUACUAACGGCCAAACCCAUGUUUAUGGCUGUGCGGCUGGGCUUCUAUUCGACACCAACGUGAACGCCUGCGUCGACAGCAGCAUUGCCACGACGUGCAACAACCAAGUAGCUACUGUGGUCCCAACUUUUCCAGGUAUAGUGGAUCACGACAUAUUUAUUGUCAAAAUGACAAGCCAAAAAUGUACAUGCUGAGAAUGUCGUGUAGAAAGAGGCAGAUGUCGGAUAUUCUAAAUCAUUUAUUGCUCUGAGAUAAUAAUUAUUUUUCUUUUAAUCUUCCUUCGCAAACUUCUCUUUAAGUCAACCCUAUAUUUUUUUCCCCCCACGCAACUAGUGAAAACUCAAAUAAAAAUGUUAAGUCUGUGGGGGAAAAAAACAAAACUUUUGAUGCCAAUGGCACAUUGCAAAUUUGGUUAAAGAGAUAAUUGGGACAUACCAUAAACAAAAUUACGUCAGGACAAAAGGCUUGAUACAUGUAUAUGUGUUUGUAUUAAUUAUCACAUGUAAACUUUCCGAUCUUUAUUUUCAAUAGUUCUAGUUGAAAAUGUUUUAUUAUCAGUAUGCGAACUAUAAAUAUGUACAUUGUCAUCAAGACACAUGUCCAUCUCAUUGGAGAAAUAAGAGGAUCUUAUCUUAUAUCACCCGGAGCCGUCACGUGGGCUUUGUAACCUCUGCGGUUGCAGGGGUGGGUGGUGGUCUCGGAUAUUUUAAGGUGAUCAAAGUUGUGGUGUUAAUUUUUUUCUUUUCAAACGAUCAGGGGCAUAAAACCGAAAAGCAGCAGGGACCGUCAAAAAGUCACGCAACGACUCUGGUAUCACCUACAUUGCCAUAGCCUUUGGCUAAUGGAUAGUUUUCAUGAGCUGAGUUUGGUGGUUAUUAGGUCAUGAUUUUGUGUAAGAAUUAUUUAUUUUAUUUUUUAUUUUUUGGUUGGGGAUCAGCGCCUAUUCAGAGACCGCCUCCUGUGAAACAAGCUCUAAUUUACGCCUCUGCUCUUGACAAACUGACAUAGUAGUAGAGAGUCCUGUAUAAUCACAUGUGCAUGUCCUCAAACGAUGACAAAUAAUUGUGACUAUCAUUGUCUUCAACUUUUAUCUACCUUGUUGGGUCCCCCCCCCCCACACCAAUUUAAAAAAAAAAAUCUUAAUCAUGUCAUCUUGACCUAGAAGCCAGCAAUUUCGUUUUACACAGAUUAGAGUCCUUUAUAAUCACAUGUGCUUGUCCUCAAACGAUGACAAAUAAUUGUGACUAUCAUUGUCUUCAACUUUUUUCUACCUUGUUGGGUCCCCCCCCCCCCACACCAAUUUAAAAAAAAAAAUCUUAAUCAUGUCAUCUUGACCUAGAAGCCAGCAAUUUCGUGUUACAAAGAUGACAAAUCGUCGGCACCAAUACUUUUAUUUCUCCAGGUCUUGAUACAGUCUGCGAGAGGUACAAACUGCCAGGGGGAACAUACCCGGACCCAGCCAACUGUGACUCAUUUGUUGAGUGCCUGGACGGCUUCACGCACAUCAUGAAAUGCCCGGAUGGUCUGAUGUUUAACUUGCUUUCCAAAAGUUGCGACCACCACGGCAACGUCAACUGUUUAAAUAAUUACUCUUAUUCUUUUUCACAAUUUUCGGGAUGAGGACAUGACGUAGAUCUAAGGGAAUCGACCAUGACCUUGCAGACUUUGAGGAAAGUGACGCCUUAGUGUAAUAGAUUACACUAGUAUAAGGAACACAUAUUGUUUUUUUUUUAAGUUUUUUUUUUUUUAAAUUAACAUAUGUAGUAGAUUCACGUUACCUGAUUUUAUUAUUGCCAUUUUUGAUUUAUAGUUUGACAAUGUUAAGUGUCUUUAAGUAAUGUAUAAUAAAUUAUUCUAUUAUUUAUAAACAUGUUUUAAAUUUUAUUUGGCAUAAUCAUAAUUGAUCUAUCCUUGCCUUCCAUCUUUUUCUCAUCUCCUUAAAAAGAUAUAUUUCGAGAUAGACAGAGAAAAUAUUUGUUUAAGAGCAAAAUGAGUUUAAAAAAAAAAAACGUGGAAGUGUAUUGUAGGACCAUACCGAUGUGGUGUUUAUUUUUUCCUCAAUUCGCCAAUUAAACAAUUUUUCUCACACGUUGUCUUCGUUUCAGUGAUCAUCGAUCUGGCUAAAAAUUGUUCUGUUACUGACUUACUUCAUUAUCUAUUCAUGUUUCUAUUUUAUGCCAUGAGUUGAUCUACUUCACUCCUCAUAUUGAAUGGUAGCUUAUUACGACCUUAAAGUGCACUAAUCUUAAAAAUAAACAAUUGGCUUUAAAUGUUUAGUGUUUUUUACGUAAGCAAUACAAAUUAUAUGUUUAUAAAUACUCUAUCUAAUUGUAGAGCUUUGUAUACAAAAUCUGACCUGCCCACCUAUGCAUAUUUUUCAUGUUUUUACACGUUUUUUUUUUUAUUUUGCACCCUUAUUGCCAAAAAUCCAAUUUCAAACGUAAAAUACGAAUUUUAAACAAAAGGUUUAAUAAUUAUCAUGUUCGAAAGUAGUAAAAAGCUAUUCGCUUCCUCUGUCUAACCACACCGAACGUUUUCAACACCAGAUGAGUGCCACUUGGAGUGAAAUAGGUUGUCCAACUUUUAGGCGACUAUUCUGCUGUGCAGG